AAUGUUUGUAAAUUCCACUACAGAUAUAAAGAAAGAAGUAAAAGAGAAUUGUGAUGUAAAACAUGGUAUAAAAGCAGAAUGUAAAGUUGUUUUGAAAAAAUUGAAGAUCGAAGUAAAGCCUGAAGAUUAUAAAGAAGUUGUCCGUCUUCCAGAUGAUAAUGAACAGCCUGUCAACAAUGAAUUUUUCACUGCGGAAGUAAAUUUUAACAGGAAUGAAAUGAACAUCCAAAUGGAGCAGGAAGAGCGAAUUCAGGAAUACGAUAUUCAGCAAAAUUCAGAAAAAGAAAAACAUUUUAAAUAUAAUAUUAAAACAAAGAAAUACGCUUCUUCCAGUGAAAAUUGCAAUAAAAUUCAUGAGAAAAUUAAAAGAAAAUACUUCAAGUUUAUGUUUGCAUCUCAUUCUAAACAAGAAUUUACGUGUGAUUUAUGUAAACAGACUUUCACAAAUAAGAGCAUAUUACAAACACAUCUGUUUUGUCAUAUUGGAAAAAAACCAUUUUUCUGCACAAUUUGCAAUAAGAAGUUUUUGUGGCGUUUUCUUUUGCAAAGACACAUGAAAAAACAUAAAACUGGAAAUCAAAACAAAAUCUCUUAUCGGGAUUUAUGUACGCGGCCAUCUGAAGAUCGAGUGAAGCCAUCUUCAACAAAGGGUAGAAAAGCUAAUAUUAAGCAGAAAAAUGAUAUUUGUAAUAAGCGCGUUCAAUAUGGUAAGGGCCGUUUAGAAAUACACAAGAGAACACACAGAACUUAUUCCUGCAAAACAUGUGGUAAAAAAUUUAAGUGGAAGUGCAUUUUUCUACGUCAUGAAGCAACGCAUAGUGAAGACCGUCCUUACAAAUGCGAUAUUUGCAAUAAGAGUUUUAAAUGGAAAGAGUAUUUAAAAAUGCAUCAGAAAACUCAUACUGAUGAACGUAACUAUGUUUGUCAGGUAUGUAACAAACGUUUUAAAACCAUAGGUACUUUGAUAGGUCAUAAAAUAGUUCAUAAUGAUAAAUUUAACCAUACUUGUCAUAUAUGUAACAAAAGUUUUAAACGAAGUUGUCAUUUAAAACAGCAUAUUUAUAUACACAGCGACGAAUACAAAUAUUUCUGUGACAUAUGUAACAAGUAUUUUAAAACAAAACAGUAUUUGCCAAAGCAUAAACUUAUUCAUAGUAAAAAAUCUAAUAUCAAGGGGAAAAAUGUGUGUUGCGACAUUUGUGGUAAGCGCGUUCUAUAUGGUAAGGGCCGUUUAGAAAGACACAACAGAAUACACAAAGUACAUGCCUGCAAAAUAUGUGAAAAAGAAUUUAAGAGGAAAGCUGUGUUGUUGCAGCAUGAAGCAACGCAUAGUGAAGACCGUCCUUUCAAAUGCGAUAUUUGCAAUAAGAGUUAUAAACGGAAAGAUCAUUUAAAAACGCAUUACGAAACUCAUACUGAUGAACGUAACUAUGUUUGUCAGGUAUGUAACAAACGAUUUAAAAGAAAACAGUAUUUGGCACGUCAUAAAGUAGUUCAUAAUAACCAAUUUAACCAUACUUGUAAAAUAUGUAACAAAAGUUUUAAAAGCAGUAUUUAUUUAAAUUUUCAUAUUCGUAUACACAGCAACGAAUACAAAUAUUCUUGUGACAUAUGUAACAAACGUUUUAAAACAAAACACUAUUUAACAUAUCAUAAAAUUGUUCAUAAUAAUCAAUUUGAUUAUACUUGUCAAGUAUGUAAUAGAAUUUUUAAACGCAGUUCUAGUUUAAAACAGCAUAUUCGUAAGUACAGCAAUAAGUGCAAAUAUUCUUGUCAUAUGUGUAACAAAUAUUUUAAGACAAAACAUUGUUUGGAACAGCAUAACAUUAUUCAUAGCGAUACAAAAAAGUAUGUUUGUGACAUAUGUAAAAAAGAUUACACCAAUACAGCUGCCUUAAAAAGACAUCGUCUCACUAAACAUGAGAAUAUGUAUGUAUGCUAUGUUUGUAACAAGCCAUUCAAGACUGAAACCACGCUAAAAGAACAUUCGAAAAUUCACAUUGAAAAGUGUAAUAUUUGUAAUCAAGAAUUUAAAAGUAAAAGCACUUUAAUUAAUCACCAGAAAAUUCAUUAAGACGAAAAACCGUUUCGUUGUAAAAAAUUCAUUUGACGUUUUACCAAAAAACACGUAUUAAAAUAUUUCACGAAGCCACUCGCAACGAAGACAAUCUUCAUUACGUUUGUGAAGUGUGUAACAAGGUAUUUUAUUAAUAUUUUAAAAGUUGUUUCGUUAACUCGUUCGUCAGAAUUAAGCGUAUUUUUGCAGAAAUGGUAAAAGCAGAUUUAAAACAGAAACUCAACUGAAAUUGCAUUUAAAAUUUUGAUGUAUAGAAAGACACCGCAAACAAUUACUUUUUCAAUGUAAUACAUGUGAACAGACUUCUACGUGUCGGGAGGUUUUAGAGCAGUGAUUCUUCGAAAUAAUUUACAUAUUUUAAAAUAAUUAUUAUAUUUACUUUGUAUUAAUAUAAUAAAUGUACUAGUAGAUAUGAAACAACGGACUUUUCCUUAUUUUUAUUAUUAAUUUUAAGUAUAACGUGUAUUAAAGAUACUUAACAUUAAGAACACAAAUACUUUAGUAUAAAGGGAAAUAAAUGUAUUGUGUAUGUAAUCUCUAAAGAAAGAUGUCAAGACUGUAAUUAAGCAUUUCUGGCAAAUAAUCAAUUAUUUGUG